AGCAGCUGCAGUCAGCUGGGCGCCGAGGGCAGGGCGGGCGUGGCUCUCCUGUCUGGCUGGGCUGUGGGAUCCUGGGCCACAGGGCAGAGGAAGCCCAGCUUGGUGGCAGAACUUCCACAUGGCUGAGUUGGAGCUGAUGGCCCCAGGGCCGCUGCCCGGGGUCCCCACUCACCCUCCAGCCACUCUCAGCCCAGACUUGGCUUCGGCCAGCCUGGCAGAGGAGGACUCAGCCUCCCUGGAGAGUCCCCCAGGGGAGCCUGGGGGACAGGGCAGCGGCUCUGCCAGCCUGGCAGAGGAGGACUCAGCCUCCCUGGAGAGUCCCCCAGGGGAGCCUGGGGGACAGGGCAGUGGCUCUGCCGGCUCUGCCGGGCAGGAGGGCCCCGAGGCCGAGGGGGAGGAGGAGGAGGUCCUGUGUGACUUCUGCCUCGGGGCCAGCAGGGUGAGGGCCGUGAAGUCCUGCCUGACCUGCAUGGUGAACUACUGCCCUGAGCACCUGCGGCCGCACCAGGAGAACAGCAAGCUGCAUGGCCACCAGCUGACCGAGCCCACCAAGGACCGGGACCUGCGCGUGUGCCCUGCCCACCGCAGCCCGCUGGUCACCUUCUGCUGCUUGGAUGGGCAGUGCAUCUGCCAGGAGUGCGGCCAGGGCGAGCACAGGGGCCACACCUUGGUCUCCCUGGACACCGCCCGCAGGGACAAGGAGGCCGAGCUUCAGAACACCCAGUUAGACCUGGAGCGGAAACUCAAGCUGAAUGAAAAUGCCAUCGCCAGGCUCCAAGACAACCACAAGUCUGUUUUGGUCUCCGUGUCGGAGGUGAAGGCAGUGGCCGAGGAGCAAUUCGGGGAGCUCCUUGCUGCCACGAGGAAGGCCCAGGCCGACGUGAUGCUCUUCCUGGAGGAGAAGGAGCAGGCCGCCCUGGGCCAGGCCAGCGGCAUCAAGACCCACCUGGAGUGCAGGAGCGCGGAGAUGCAGAGGACCAGGCAGGAGCUGGACAGGAUCGCUGCCAUCAGCAACCCCGUGCUGUUCCUGGAGGAGUACUGCCAGUUCAAGCACACAGAGGACGGCGCCUUCCCCAGCGUCUACAUCGGACUCAAGGACAGGCUCUCGGGCAUCCGCAAGGUCAUCACGGACUCCACCGCGCACUUGAUCCAGUUGCUGCAGGAUUACAAGGCGCGGCUCCAGGAGUUCUCCAAGGAGGGGGAGUUCGACAUCAGGACUCAAGUGUCUGCCAUCAUCGAGCACAAGCAUCGCGCCUCCAGGCCCGAGCCCAGCACCAGGCCGCAGUUCCUGCAGUAUGCCUGUGACAUUGCCUUCGACCCCGACACGGCACACAGGUACCUCCGGCUGCAGGAGGACAACCGCAAGGUCACCAACACCGCGCCCUGGGAGCACCCCUACCCCGACCUCCCCAGCAGGUUCACGCACUGGCGGCAGGUGCUGGCCCAGCAGAGCCUGUACCUGCACAGGUACUACUUCGAGCUGGAGCUCUCCGGGGCCGGCGUCUACGUAGGCCUGACGUGCAAAGGCAUCGACCGGAAAGGCGAGGAACGCAACAGCUGCAUUUCUGGAAACAACUUCUCCUGGAGCCUCCACUGGGACGGGAAGGAGUUCAGGGCCUGGCACAGCGACACGGAGACCCCGCUCAAGGCCAGCCCUUGCCGGAGGCUGGGGGUCUACGUGGACUCUCCGGGCGGGGUCCUCUCCUUCUACGGCGUGGAGCCCGAUGCCAUGACUCUGGUGCACAGGUUUGACUGCAGGUUCUCGGAGCCCGUCUACCCCGCCUUCUGGCUUUCCAAGAAGGAGAACUCCAUCCGGAUUGUGGAUCUGGGAGAGGAACUGGGAAAGCCGGCGCCCACCUCAGUGGAGUGCUCCUGCGUCGACGUGUUGUUGAGGCUGGAAGACCGUCUCAGGUCCAGGGACAGUUUUUCCACUGCAGCGGUUUCUGGCUGGUACUCUGAAGCAGUCAAGACCAUGGAGAACCUGGAGUUGCGGCUCAAGAAUGCCCCCUACUUCCGAUGCGAGAGGGGGGACGACUCUGUCCCCGUGUGCCGGAAGUGUGAGACGUGUGUCCUGGCCUGGAAGGUCUUCUCCACCAAAGAGUGGUUCCGAAGGGUGGGCGAGUCAUCUCAGACGAGGUUCCUGGUCAGCGUCCUGGCGCAGCUGGACAGCUUGUACCUGCUACACUACUUUCAAAACAUCCUCCAGACCACUCAGGGGAAGGACUUCGUCUACCACCGGUCCCGGGUCAACCUCAGCAACCAGGAGGGGCGCAUGGUCAAGUUCUCCUUGAACCAAAGGCUGGAUAAGACGGUGGAACAGAAGAUGCGGGAGCUUUUGUGCUGGUUUGGGAACAGCACUCACCAGAUGAAGGUGAAUUACACACUCUUGCUGAUGCAGAUGUGCCAGCCCAAGUUACUGCUCACCGCCGCCUCCGUCAUCCGCGUCCUGUCUCAGAGAGAGUGGAGCAGCGUCUCAGGGACCGACCCGGACUUCAACGAUGUGUUCUUCUUCCCUGAGAAAGGCCCCGCCGCCCCAGGCGGGCUCCCACAAGUCUGCUGGGCGGCCAGAACCAAGCACACGACCUUCUCCUUGUCCCAGACUUCAGGGAAAGCGAGCCUGCAACAGAACGUGCGGCGGGCAGCGGCCCCUAGUGACGGACGGUGGAAGAGUUCAGUCCGCUGCAUUUCCGAGAUGACCAGGCUGUUUCCUGAGAAAGCGAGCGAGUCCAGAGCAGAGUCGGCCCCCCGCGACGUGUUGGUGGACCCCGAUGCCGUCAGAGAGCUGUCCUCUGGGCUCAGCAGCUACCGCGACUUCAUCCGUCAGCUGCCUGCCCACCUCUCCAAGCACAUCCUAAGUAUGCUGGACAGGAACACUCUGAACAGGUGUGCGUCCGUGAGCCAGCACUGGGCCGCGCUGGCGCACCAGGUCCGGACCGACCUGUCCGUGCACUCCUUCAUCCAACACCAGCUCGCCUUCCUGCAGGGGUCCUACACCCGGGGCAUAGAUCCUAGGUAUGCCCACAGGGUCACUAUCCCCGUUCCCAAGAUGGCAGACGGCGGGACGCGCCUGCGUGUGAAAAGCCAGAAAUGGAAACUGAGAACAAAGAACGACUACAGCCUGUGGAGUGCGUACCAGAGCCAGGAGACGCAGCAGGUGCAGCUGGAGGAGAGGAACGUCUUCUGUGGGCCGUACAACAUCCGUAUUCUCUCCGACAUGUGGGACCGAAACAGAAUCAUCCACUAUUCCGGCGGAGGCUUGUUGGCUGUGUCGUCCAAUCGGAAGAUCCAGCUUCUGGACGUCGUACAAGUAAAGGAGCUGCCGGUCAAGUUCCGAGGCCACGCCGGCAGUGUCCGUGCCCUCUUCCUGUGUGAGGAGGAGAACUUUCUCCUGAGUGGGAGUUACGACCUGAGUAUCAGAUACUGGGAUCUGAAAAGCGGGGCUUGCGUACGAAUCUUCAACGGCCACCAGGGGAGCAUCACAUGUGUGGAUGUCCAUAAGAACAGGCUCGCCUCUGGAGCAAAAGAUUGCCAGGUAAAAGAGUGGGAUAUAGACACAGGCAAGUGCCUGAAGACCUUCCGACAUAAAGACCCCAUCUUGGCCACCAGAAUCAAUGACACGUACAUCGUGAGCAGCUGUGAGAAAGGGACAGUCAAAGUGUGGCAGGUCGCCACGGCCCAGCUGCUCAAGACUCUCAACGGCCACGAGGGAGCUGUGAGGUGUUUGUGCUUUGACCAGUGGCAUCUCGUCUCGGGAAGCGCUGAUGGCCUGGUCAUGGCCUGGAGCAUGGUGGGGAAGUACGAGCGGUGCCUCAUGGCCUUCAAGCACCCAAAGGAGGUGCUCCACGUGGCCCUUCUCUUCCUCCGGGUCAUCAGUGCCUGUGCGGACGGCAAGAUCCGCAUUUACAACCUCCUCAACGGGCACUGCCUGAAGGUGAUGAAAGCCAAUGGCAGAGGUGAUCCUGUGCUGUCCUUCUUUAUUCAGGGCAACAGGAUGGUGAUCAACACCGAAAGCAAUAUUCUCAUGUUCCAGUUUGAGAACAUCAAGUGGCAGUACUCCCCGGAACAGGCCGGACCAAAGAAGGACAAAGCGGAGGACAGGGAAGAAAACAGCCUCACGGAAGUUCUCUCCAAGUCCAGCACUCAGAUUAACAGCCCGAGGGACUCCACAUCCAGCAAACAAACAGCCCGGGAGUCCCUGUUAAGCAAACCUCACAGGUCCCGUGCCCCCCUGAGGGUAUCCAGGUUACCUACAGCGGCGCUGACAGAGGCACCUCUAAGUCAAGGGAUGCCAAAAUCACCCCGAAAAGAUGGCAGGAGGCAAAUGGGCUCCAGGGGAGCAGAUGGCACAGCUGGUGAGCAAGAGAAUUUGGAAGCAAAAUCCCUCACUGGAGAUGAUGCAGAGAAAGUACCCAAACAAGGACAGCUGGGAACUGGGGCAGACUUGAUGAGUCGCCCAAAGAAAAAGGCCUGGCACAUCGCCAUGUCCCCUGACCAGCUCCUCCUGACCGUCCACGCCCUGCAGAAAGCCCAUACCUCGGGGGAGUGUGCCUAUCCCCGGAGGCCCCAAGCCCAGGUCCUCGAUGCCUGGGGACCUUCCAUUUCAUACCCGAGGAAGGUCCUGAGUUUGAAGGGCCAGUCUGUCCAGCAUGCUGUUGAUCGGUUGAGACGCAGCAGCCCUCCCACAGACGUGAGACAAACCAGCACCCCCCUCGAAGUCCAGAAGCUUCAGCCCAACCUGAAGACGUCUCUGCAGAGUCCCAGGGUCCAGUCUACCAUACCCCAGCCCGUGCUUAUCCGCCCCAGGUUCUCGGGCAGCUCGAAGGGUGAAGACGGGGCAACCAGCUCCACCGAGGGGACGGUGCGCAGCUCUGGCCCCCUGACCAGCCCCCAGGUCAUCAAACCAAACCGCAUGCUGGCUCCACCCCUGGGCGGCACAGCCCAGGCUGCCAAGAAAGAUCGGCCGCGCUUCCACAUGGCCCUCGACCCCUUCCGGAUGAACACGGAGUUCAUGCUCUUGACUGUGAAGGAGGAGAAGGAAUAUGAGCAGGCCAAGAUGAAGGAGAGCCAGGCCGCAGAGCCCGCGGGCCGCGUGGAUCCAGAAAGAGCCAGCAGAGCCGCAUGGAUCCGGAAGAUCAAAGGCCUGCCCAUAGAUGAUUUCAUGAAGCCAGGAAAAACAGCAGCCCCUGAACUGGGACAGAACAUAUUUAUCUGAACCAGCCUCAGGAAAUUACAGUAAACAGAAAACCAAGCGCAUGCUGGUGUCUGCUC